AACUCGUAAAAUGGAUGCACUCAUAACAAGCGUACAGGAAAGACUUUCCAAAAAUGAAAGACACACCGAUAAAACAAAACAUAUGUUUAUGUUUAGGUUCCAUGUGCUUGACGUUUGACAGUUUCCCUUGUGCGUGAGAAAAGGGGGAGGUGAAGAACCGUUUGAGAAGACACACAUCCAGCGCUGAGCGCAAGCUAGAUAGGGCUCUCCUUCGCUCCUCUCACACACGACCAGCUUACGCCAUUCAUUCUGCCCUCCCUUGCUCCGGCACACGCUGCAUUCCUACGGUAGUUUUUGGAUAGCGAGCGGCGAUGUUUCUCUGCAGAGCGGCUUGGCAAAGAUAUGGGCCUUUGGCAAGGAAGGUAGCCCAACAGUUAUCUAGAGAUGUGUUGCCACGACGACAAAUGUCAUCAGUCCCCGGUGGUACUGGUGAUAACAUCGUCUACGCCCUGCUGUGUGGCGGGGCCUUCGCUGGAGCCAUCGCAUACACAUACAGCACUGUGACCACAGACCACGCCAGAUUCAAUGACCGUGUAGCGGAUAUCAACGCUCGUCCCAAGACUGUGUGGUCGCCCAAACCAUGGCCUCCCAAGAGCAGGGAUGAGGAAGAGGAGGAUACAUCCACAAAACUGCAUUUCACAGAAUUCUGAGGACCAAUGGUGGGGAAAAGGAGCGGAUUCAUGGGCUCUGAAAUGAGUGGAGUCUUCAUGUAUUUUAUUUCAAUGAUUGAGCCAAAUGCUGUGAAAUGCCAUGAUGAUAAUCUACAGUAUAGUUAGUAGUGAUGUCUCCAAUCAUUGUAGGGUUCCUAAAUCCUCAUUGGUUAGUCACUGCAGAGCACCAAUCACAUAGCUUCUUACGCCCACUCUGAGAUCUCCCUGUUCUGGUUAAUAACUGCCUGAGCCAUUUGUCUCAUCUGCAAAAAAAUUCAGCCAAUUUAUCAGCAAUGAGUGCUUCCAACCUUCUGGCCUUAAAUGCUUUCUAUUUACAUAUAGUAGAACUGGCAUAAUGGUCUGAGACAGAUGACCAUUUAUUUGAAUUGACACCUGGAUAAGGUGUCAGGUCAAGAACAGGUUCUGCGCUCUGAUUUUCUGGACUUAGUUUUGGAAGUUUCACAACCCAAAGCCUUAGCUUUCUGUCAUUGGCAGAAAAAAUAUUGUUAGGGGACCCAAAGCAUGUAGUUGAUGGAAAACUUUCUGUUGACGGUAAUAUUUGGGAGGACCUGUUCCCUGUACACAAUGUUUGUUCCCUGUACACAAUGUCUUGGUUUCUCUAGAUGGUAAACUCUAGAUGGCCUACUCCUGUUGAUGACUUUGAUAUAGACAUUUUUAUCGGAGUGAUUCUGAAACUAGAAAACUCAGCCUCUCCUUUCUGGCCCCACCCCACCCAGCUUCUCCCGUCUGACCCUAACCUGAUCCUAUUGGCUGAAAUACCUGUUAAUCAGAACAGGGGGCUCCCCUCCUUGACACUACUCCUUUCCUACUGUAUGAUCCACCCCAAAACGUGCCCACCCUUCAAACCCUCUUCUCUCACUGUUAACCCCCCCCCAACCUCUCGUAAACCCGUACCUCUUUAUUAAAGAGUCUUUAUUCCCUACCAAACUCAAUGUCCACACUGACGCCACUCGUCAAACUGAAACAGGUGAUGUCAUUUUAGUGCCCCUUUACACCUAGAAUGCUAAUUCACUGUUGGCAUUAUAAGUCAUUUUGAUGAGAUAAGCCUGUAGGGAUUUGAUGAUCAUAGUCUUUGAUGUUACAUUUGCGUAUUUGAUAAUGGUGAAAUUGUAAUCUGAUUUUAAGUCCUUUUUUGGGUUAAAGGUUCUCUUCCUCCUUUUUGCGCUAACGCUCUCCUAUUUUUACUCUUUUCAGUGUAAAACUAAAUUGGCUAUACGUCAGGGGACUUUAUAGCCUGCUGGACUCUUUGGAUGAAUCUGAAAAGGGGGAAAUCUCCUACUUUCCUCCUUCUCCUGUAUGACCGAACAAGUCCUGCUUACGUCCCAUACGUUCAACUUCUGUCUGUUUCUGAACGUUUCUCCUCUGGACACUUCGUUCUAUGUGUUGCCCCAAUUUUGUAUUUAUUUGAUGAACUGUUUUUGUGGCGUCUUCCAGGAUGGAAUCGUGUUGAUGGAUAAAUGUGUAAACAGACAGACUGCCUCAAUUUAAAAUUAAAUGCACACAAACCA